UCGUAUCCAAUAGAAAUCGAGAUUCUUAGCCCACCGGUCCACAACACAUCUUAUACUCCCUCCGAACAAAACCCUAACCCUAGCAUUUCCAAAGUGCGGCGGCUGCGGAGGAGGAGGAGAGAACCCCCCGAGAAACCCUAACCCUCGAUCGCAUCAUCCCCCCUUCUCCCUCAUCCCCGUUUCCCUCUCCAAUGGCGGAGGGCGACGAGUCCGCGCCGCCGACGAGCGAGAUGGCCGAGCCGUCGCUCCAGCGCACGCUCAUCAAGUCGAUCGUCUCGUCCUCCGCCGCGGCGGCGGCGGAGGAGUUGGUGGGGCGGAGGGUGGUGGUCGGGGGGUGGGUGAAGACGGGGAGGGAGCAGGGGAAGGGCACCUUCGCCUUCCUCGAGCUCAACGACGGGUCGUGCCUCGCCAACCUCCAGGUCAUCGUCGACGCCAAGGUCCAUCCCCUCUCCGAGCUCGUGCCCACGGGGACCUGCGUCCUCGUCGAGGGCGAGCUCAAGAAGCCACCCGAGGGCACCAAGCAGCGCAUCGAGCUCCGCGUCGACAAGGUCCUCGCGCUCGGCCCCGUCGACUCCAAGUACCCGCUCCCCAAGACCCGGCUCACCCUUGAGAACCUCCGCGAGGUCGUACACCUCCGCGCGCGCACCAACACGAUAUCUGCAGUUGCUCGGAUCAGAGAUGAGCUGGCUUAUGGCACGCACACAUUCUUCAGGAAAAACGGUUUCCGCUAUGUGCAUACACCUAUAAUUACAACAAGUGACUGUGAGGGUGCUGGCGAGAUGUUUCAAGUUACAACACUUUUUAGCCUUGCUGAAAAGACUGAGAAAGAACUAAAGCAGAAUCCUCCACCGUCAGAAUCUGAGGUUGAGGCUGCUAAGGUUCUUGUCAAGGAGAAAGGAGAGGCAGUCGCGCAAUUAAAAUCAUCAAAAGCUAGCAAGGAAGAAAUUAGUGCCUCUGUUGCUGAACUAACAAAAGCAAAAGAGAAUUUAUCAAGACUGGAAGAGAGAUUUAAGUUGAAACCCGGGAUUCCCCGCAAGGAUGAUGGUGGAAUUGCUUUUGAGAAUGACUUUUUUAAGCGUCAAGCUUUUCUCACCGUGUCUGGCCAACUUCAGGUCGAGACCUAUGCUUGCGCUCUUGGUAAUGUUUAUACCUUUGGGCCAACUUUUCGGGCUGAGAACUCUCACACAUCACGACAUUUGGCAGAGUUUUGGAUGGUUGAGCCAGAGAUGGCCUUUGCUAACCUGCAGGAUGAUAUGAACUAUGCAGAAAGCUAUGUAAAAUUCCUUUGUCAGUGGUUGCUUGACCACUGUCUUGAAGAUAUGGAGUUUAUGGUGAAAAAUUAUGAUAAGACAGCGAUUGAGCGCCUGAAGCUGGUUGCGUCAGUGCCUUUCGAGCAUAUUUCAUACACGAAGGCUGUGCAGCUUUUGAAGAAUGUCACCGACAAAGAGUUUGAGAACAAGGUUGAAUGGGGAAUUGACUUAGCAUCUGAGCAUGAAAGGUACCUGACUGAGGUGAUAUUUAAGAAGCCAGUCAUUGUUUAUAACUAUCCGAAAGGAAUAAAGGCAUUUUAUAUGAGGCUUAAUGAUGACCAAAAGACUGUGGCUGCGAUGGAUGUUCUCGUGCCCAAGGUUGGUGAAUUGAUUGGAGGAAGCCAAAGAGAAGAGAGGAUAGAUGUUCUUAAGAGCAGAAUAUUGGAAUCUGGGUUGCCUCUAGAGCCGUACGAGUGGUACUUGGACCUGCGCCGCUAUGGCACCGUCAAGCACUGCGGAUUCGGCUUGGGCUUCGAGCGAAUGAUUAUGUUCGCCACCGGCCUCGACAACAUCAGAGACGUCAUUCCUUUCCCGAGAUAUCCAGGGAAGGCCGAUCUUUGAACGACAGCCCCUUCGAUUUCUUCGUGAAGCAAAUGGUGUUGGCGAUCUAUAUUCAACUCAUACAAUGAUAUUUGACCUUAAUUUAUUAAGUUGUCGCAACGAGGUACUUAAAUGAAAGAUGUUAUAUUGUUGGGUUUUUCGUUAUUUACGGACCAUAUGAUUCUGUGGGCAAUGGGCAAAACUGUGAGAGAUUGGUGUUACUU